UUAAUCCCUCGUAGUUACAUAAGUAAAGCUGGCCCCGCCUUGAAGGUUGAUUGGCACUUCAGGGGAGCCAACCGACUUUGCUCCAUUUCUCCGGGAACUCACCAACGAUGUCGAAGCCGGUUUCUGUGACUUCGCCGCUUGAUUUAACGAAGCCCCCAGCUAUUGAGGGCUUUACUCCUUUGCCCAAGCCUCACGAGGAAGGGUUUGCGGACAAAUUCAUCAGGAAAACGAAGGAGAAUCCAUUCGUUCCGAUCGGAAUGCUGGGUACAGCAGGCGCCCUUACCUAUGGUUUGAUUGCUUUCAAACAUGGCAAGACUCGACAGUCCCAGAUGUUAAUGCGAACGAGAAUCUUUGCACAAGGUUUCACUGUUGCUGCUAUCCUGAUUGGUGUGCUAGCUACUGCAAUGAAGCGCAAGGAAAAGUGAAUUUCUAUUCUAUGAACAGAAUCAAGUGUAAUGUUGGAAGUUUGUAUUCUUUGCCAUUUGGAAUGUGGUUGUAACUCAAUUUAAAAAAAGCUUAAACUCUAUAGUGGUAAUUUUAAGUACAUUUCCGGUAGAAAAUGUUACUGAGUAUUGGUUGCUGCAUUAUCAUUUCAAAGUUUUAUUGUAAAAGUAAGUUUUCUUAAAAUGUGCUCUCCAGCAAGUCAUGAUUAAAUUGUUUCACUUUUACCUCCC